AUGCGGCUUGAUGCGGCGACCCGGCUACCCCGGGUUUCGCGGUCGCGAUGGGCUCGGCUUAAGUCCCCAAUCGUGUGCGAAACGCUGCAAUUUCUCUUCCUCAAAAUCUUCCAGAACCGCAGCACAAAAGGCGGAACAGGUCAAUCACCCAAGUACAAGAGCUCUCUUCAAAGAACCACUUAUCUGCGGCUGCGAUUCUCGUUCUUCCUCUACCAUCGCAGCACAACAAUGUCCUUCUCGCGACCCUCACAACAGGCGAUGCGCCUAAGCCGUCAGCUCGGCCGCCAACCCCCCGCCGCCAGAGUCAACUGGCAACUGCGCAGCGUCGCCAAUCUCAGCUCGCCGCACCAGGCAGCCGCCAUUUCGCGAAUCCAGAGCAGUGUCGACACUUCUUCAGACGAGUACAAGGAGAACCGGAAGCAAAUGGCCGAGGUCAUGACACAGAUGCAGGACCUCUCCACCAAGAUCCAGCUGGGCGGCUCGGAAAAGGCACGCGCCAAGCAUCUCGCUCGCAAGAAAAUGCUGCCCCGCGACAGAGUCACCGCACUCAUUGACCCCGGCACAACGUUUAUGGAGCUGUCGCCAAUAGCUGGCUACGAGCUGUAUCCCGAGGCCGAGGUCCCCGCUGGUGGCAUCAUCACCGGUGUAGGUGUCGUUGAGGGCGUCACCUGCGUCAUUGUUGCCAACGACAGCACUGUCAAGGGCGGCACAUACUACCCUAUCACAGUUAAAAAGCAUCUACGUGCUCAGGCAGUUGCUCAAGAAAACAAGCUCCCCUGUAUCUACCUCGUCGACAGCGGUGGUGCCAACCUGCCUCACCAGGCUGACGUUUUUCCCGAUCGCGACCACUUUGGCCGGAUCUUCUAUAACCAGGCGCGCAUGAGCUCCAAAGGCAUACCCCAGAUCGCCGUAGUCAUGGGUCCUUGCACAGCAGGCGGUGCCUAUGUACCCGCAAUGAGUGACGAAAGCAUCAUUGUCCAGGAACAGGGCCACAUCUUCCUCGCUGGCCCUCCUCUCGUCAAGGCUGCGACCGGAGAACUUGUUAGCCACGAAGACCUCGGUGGUGGUAAAAUGCACUCUUCCGUCUCCGGUGUAACCGACUACCUGGCCGUCGACGAUGCCCACGCUAUUAUUCUCGCCCGCCGCUGCAUCAGCAACCUGAACUGGCCCGAACGCUCCGCCGCUACGAAUCCGCCUGCCAAGACCUUUUCUGAGCCUCUUUACGACCCGGAAGAGCUCCUCGGCAUCGCCACGACCAACCUGCGCAAGCCAAUGCCUAUUCGUGAGAUUAUUGCACGCAUCGUUGACGGCUCCGCAUUCUCCGAGUUCAAAAGAGACUACGGCACUACCCUGGUGACCGGCUUUGCCGAGAUCUACGGUCAUAAGAUCGGCAUCGUCGCCAACGACGGCAUUCUCUUUGCCUCCUCCGCCAUCAAGGGUGCUCACUUUGUUGAGCUCUGCACUCAGCGUGGCAUUCCUCUCGUCUUCCUGCAAAAUAUCUCUGGCUUCAUGGUCGGCUCUGCUUCCGAGCGUGAGGGUAUCGCCAAGCACGGCGCCAAGCUUGUUACCGCUGUCGCUUGCGCCGACGUGCCUAAGUUUACUGUUGUUGUCGGCGGUAGCUACGGCGCGGGCAACUACGGCAUGUGCGGCCGCGCAUACAGUCCGAGAUUCCUGUGGAUGUGGCCGAAUGCUCGCGUCGGUGUUAUGGGUGGUGAGCAAUUGACUGCUGUCAUGGAGACUGUUGGACAAAAGGUCGACCCCGAACUGCGAGCCAGAAUCGAUCGCGAGAGCGACGCAACCUUCUCUUCCGCUCGACUUUGGGAUGACGGUAUCAUUCCCCCGCAGCAUACCAGACAUUACCUUGGACUAGGUCUGAAGGCUGCUAUGGCCGGUAGAAACGAAGUCAAGGCAGGUGAUACCAAGUUUGGUGUCUUCAGAAUGUAA